GUGCGAGAGAGAUCCGUAUCCAUUUUGGCUCAAGGGUUGGCUCAAGCUCCGGGCUGGGGAGUCCGGGGCAGGCGCCUGCGCACGGCUCUCACAUUGGGCCGUGCAUCCCCCUGCCCUUCCCGCGGCGCCUCAUGCCGCCGGUGCAUGUGCGCUGAGCCUGGGACGUCGCCGGCUGCCGGCUUCUGGCGCAUCGGCAGCAGGCGGGACCCGCUGGGCUCGGCUCUGCGCACACUGCGCCUCCGUCUCCCUCAGGAGCCUGGCGCGCUGUGUGGGUUCCCGACGCUAUGGGGGUCUACCUUGGCCCAUUGCCAACUUGCACAGCAGGCCCCAGCGGGCCUACUGCAUCGGGAGCGCGCCCUGGCGAUGCACUGGGUACCCCAUUGCGCCCGCAUCUGGGCUGCCAACGGCUGCGCCUACCGAAACAGCAACUGAGGGCACAGCGACAAUGGCAGCAGUCAGUGCAACACUGGCCGCCCCCGUCACAGACUCCAGGCCAGCGGACUCUGGUGCAGAGCGCGGCGGCGACGCUGGCGCAGACUCCGCCGGCCUUGGGGGCCACGCUGCCACCAGUGGGUACGCCUGCGGCGGCGGACAGCCUGGCUUAGCGGCGCCGAUGCGCCCGCGAACCGGCUCUGGCGACCUCGCCAGCAAUCCUGGGCCACUGCUGGAGCUCCCGCUGUUCCCUUCGCUGGACGAGGUGAAGAUCGAGCAGGAGCAGGAGGAGCCUGGCCAGGAUGAGGCCGAGCAGCAUGAGGAUGAGGAGGAGCCUGAGCAAGUUAUGUGUGCGCAGGCCUGGCUGACGUGCUAUGGCGAGCAAGGGUUCGCCACGCUACCCUUUUUCCCCGAGGUCGACAGUAACGACGCGUACCACGGCGACGUCAUCAUGAUCAAAGUGCAUGCGGUUUCCACCUGGAAGCAUGUUGAGUGCAUUGCCAUACGUUUGGCACUGCGGCUGCAAACCGCUGAGAACGGGAUUCGGGUUGCCACCAUAUCAGCUGGUGGUAUGCAGAGCAUGUCGAUUGACCGCGACAGUAAGGUGCUGACUGUGAUGGAGGUCCUGGGCAGUGACGACCAGGUCCUCGUUCUUCCCAAAUGCUGUGAGCAUCAACGGGGAAAAGUAGAAAUCGUGCGCUGCUGGUGACUAUCUUGCGUGAGGUGUCGUCGUCCGCCUGAGGUUUGAUUGCGCCUGAAUGUUGAGUGAGGCCUUACUCUCUUAGCAUGCAUUGUGCUGCUUAGCUUCACGCGUCUUGAGCUUUGUUUAAGCAGCCAGAAUCGUCGUAACGCUUCUGGCCAGGUCCCGGGGCCGACUCUUUGUCCUCGUUGCCGGCCAGGCGUGGCUCUUAAAGUGGACGCGGGGUGGCCGUUGUUUUUCACGCGGUCGCUGCGGUUGGAUUCGGCUCGACGGUCUCGCCGUCCCCUGAGGCUGCCGAGGCGUGGCUUCACUGAACGCCGUCGCCUGACUAGUAAAAGCAUAUUAGCCCCCGUUUUUGGCCAGAAGGGCCUUUUUGGAUUCUCCGUUUUUGAGACGUUUCGCACAACCUUUGCUUCAUAACAG